AUGCUCCAUGGGAACUUCCUAUCCCUCUUGUUUGCCCUGAGAGAUGUCAACCAGGAUCCCCAAAUCUUGCCCAACAUCACCCUGGGCUAUAACCUUCAUGAGAAUUAUUUUGAUACAAGAAUAACCACGGAUGCUUUGUUCAGCCUUCUCUCAGCUGGACCCGCAAACAUCCCAAAUUACAAAUGUGAAAGAAGUCAGAGUCAUCUUCUGGCUGUCCUUGAAGGAACUGACUCUGAUAUCUCCAUCCAGGCUUCCACUGUGCUGAGCAUCUACAAAAUCCCACAGGUGACUUACGCUUUUGUUUCUCGAGUUUUGAGUGAUAAAAACCAGUUCCCGUACUUCUACCGGACAGUUCCUGAAGAAGGAACCCAAUAUUUGGGGAUUGUCAAAUUGCUCCAGCAUUUCAGGUGGACGUUAACUGGACUGGUUGCCGGUGACACGGACAAUGGAGAGCAGUUUAUAAAGUCCUUCUCGGCUCUACUUUCUUAUGAAAAGUGCACAGAGAAAGAACUGGAGACCCUCCCUCGAGUAGAUAUUGAAAAGAUCCACUCCUUAGAUAGCAGCCGCAUUUACAAUGCCGUCUGGACUGUGGCCCGGGCCUUCGAUGCAGCCCAUUCCUCCCUCUCCAAGAAGGUGGUCAAGGAGUGUGGAGACAGGCAGAAAGUGCAAAGGAUGCAGCCAUGGCAGCUUCACCCUUUCCUGCAAAACUUGCAAUUUUACAACGUUUCCACAGGUGGAGUGCAUUUGGACAAGAACGGAGAGUUGGUGGCUGAUUUUGACCUUGUGAACUGGGUGAGGUUUCCCAAUAGGUCUAUCAUCUGGGUGAAAUUUGGGAGCCUACAAAGACAGGAAUCCCCAGGACUCAAGUUCACCAUCAGUGAGGAUGACAUUGUGUGGCCAAACUGGCUUAACCAGCCCCUGCCUCCUUCCCGGUGUGUGGAAAGCUGUCGUUCCGGAUUCAGGAAGGUGGCUCAGGAAGGGAGGCCCAUCUGCUGCUAUAACUGUCAUCCUUGUGCUGAAGGAACCAUCUCUACCACGGAAGAUGCAGAAAAAUGCAACAAAUGUCCAGAAGAUCAAUAUCCAAACAACCAUCGAGAUCACUGUAUAGACAAGAUUGUGACGUUCCUAUCCUAUGAAGAAAAUCUGGGGAUCAUCCUGGCUUCCCUUGCCUUGUUCCUCUCAUUAAUCACAGCCUUUGUCCUGGGAAUCUUCAUUGAAUUCCAAGACACUCCAAUCAUCAAAGCCAACAAUCGGGACCUCUCUUAUAUCCUCCUUGUCUCCCUUCUGCUUUCCUUCUUGACCUCCUUCCUCUUCAUUGGACAGCCAAGGAGAGCCACCUGCCUUCUCCGACAAACAGCCUUCAGCAUCAUUUUCUCACUUGCUGUCUCUUCUGUCUUGGCCAAAACAGUCACGGUGGUGUUAGUCUUCUUGGCCACAAAGCCAGGGAAUAAAGUGCAGAGAUGGCUGGGGAAAAGCUUGGCCAAUUCCAUUGUCCUCUCUUGCUCUGGUCUCCAAGUUGUCCUCUGCAGCAUCUGGUUGGGGACCUCUCCCCCCUUCCCUGAGUCUGACAUGAACUUGCUCUACAGAGAGAUCAUCCUGCAAUGCAAUGAAGGUUCUGUCCCCAUGUUUUAUGGUGCCCUUGGCUACAUGGGCUUCCUGGCUGCUGUCUGCUUCUUAGUGGCCUUUCUGGCCAGGAACCUCCCUGGGGCCUUCAAUGAAGCCAAGCUGAUCACCUUCAGCAUGCUGGUCUUCUGCAGUGUCUGGGUCUCCUUUGUGCCCACUUACCUGAGCACCAAAGGGAAGUACAUGGUGGCUGUGCAGGUCUUCUCCAUCUUGGCCUCCAGUGCUAGCCUGCUGGGCUGCCUCUUCAUCCCCAAGUGCUACAUUAUCAUUCUGAAGCCAGAUCUGAAUACAAAAGAACAUUUGAUAUCAAAAUAA